GUUGUGAACAAUUUUUGUUAAUUUUUUAAUUUAAUUUGUGCAAGUCGUGCGAGUGCAGAGCGUGGCCCAGAUAGCGGAACCAUUGAACAAAAGUGCAGCAUGCGCCAGUCGACAUAGGAAGUACCAUCAACGCAACGCAAUAGGUUGCAGCCAGAUCGGACGUAGGCAAUAGACGAAGUACAUAGAAAUGACCAUGGGCGAGCGUGAGCCAACUUCGUCUCUCGUUCUGCCCGUUAUACUGCGGCCUAUUUUCUCACAGCUGGAGCGACGCGAUGUUGGCGCAGCUCAAUCUCUGCGCUCGGCCAUACUUAAAUCGGAGCAGAACAAUCCGGGGUUUUGCUACGACCUCGUUGCGACGAUCGUGCGACGUGCUGAUCUAAAUGUCAACCUGAAUGAGGCCGUCUUGCGAUUGCAGGGCAACAUUACAGAAGCAGACCUUAAUGAAUACCGCUUGACACGCACCGAGGAGCCCUUCCAGGAGCUGAACCGCAAGUCAGUGGCCCUCAAGGUGAUCCUCAGUCGCAUACCCGACGAGAUUAACGAUAGGAAGACCUUUCUGGAGACCAUUAAGGAAAUCGCCAGCGCCAUAAAGAAAUUGCUCGAUGUGGUCAACGAGAUCGGCUCGUUCAUACCGGGCGUUACGGGCAAGCAGGCUGUGGAGCAGCGGAAGAAAGAGUUUGUCAAAUAUUCCAAGAAGUUCAGCACAACGCUGAAGGAGUACUUCAAAGAAGGACAACCGAAUGCAGUAUUCAUAAGUGCACUUUUUCUAAUACGGCAAACGAAUCAAAUAAUGCUGACAGUUAAGAGCAAAUGCGAGUAGAAAAUUAAAUGUUUGAAUUAUGACAAACCUUAGUGGCAUUUUAAAUUUAUGUUUAAAUAACCAUUUAACUACACCCACACACACACAAAUCAAAUAAAAUCGAGAAAGAGAUAAGCGCAUAAGAAAUGCAAGCACACAAAUAUUACACACACUCCUUCGCCCCAAAAAGAGCCCGAAACAAAAGCAGUCCGAGUUAAAUGUUUAAACGAAAAUCUGUUGCAACUAUCUAGUUAAGCCUAAUCCUAAUGUACACCAUAUCUAUAUGUAUGUAUAUGGAUAUGUAACCACUAAUCGGAGACUAAACCCAAUGCUAAAAAAUGCAAAGGCCCCAAGCAUUGAUUGUAAUUUAUGAUUGACAAAGAGAAACUAUUUGAUGGAGAGGA